AUGGCUUCCUGGUACCACUGCAACCCCUCCAGUCCAACCCCCAAAGACACAAGGCUGUUGCACUUGCUGGUUCUCUGCCUCCAAGCCCAGGUAACUGUUCAGUCCUCACCUAAUUUUACACAGCAUGUGAGGGAGCAGAGCCUGGUGACGGAUCAGCUCAGCCGCCGCCUUAUCCGGACCUACCAGCUCUACAGCCGCACCAGCGGGAAGCACGUGCAGGUCCUGGCCAACAAGCGCAUCAACGCCAUGGCAGAGGACGGGGACCCCUUCGCAAAGCUGAUUGUGGAGACAGAUACCUUUGGCAGCCGGGUUCGAGUGCGAGGAGCUGAGACAGGCCUAUACAUCUGCAUGAAUAAGAAGGGGAAGCUGAUUGCCAAGAGCAACGGCAAGGGCAAGGAUUGUGUCUUCACGGAGAUCGUGCUGGAGAACAACUACACGGCCCUGCAGAAUGCCAAGUACGAAGGCUGGUACAUGGCCUUCACCCGCAAGGGCCGGCCCCGCAAGGGCUCCAAGACGCGGCAGCACCAGCGCGAGGUCCACUUCAUGAAGCGGCUGCCGCGCGGCCACCACACCACGGAGCAGAGCCUGCGCUUCGAGUUCCUCAACUACCCGCCGUUCACGCGCAGCCUGCGCGGCAGCCAGAGGACUUGGGCCCCGGAGCCCCGGUAGGCGCCGCCCCUCCCGGCCGCCGCGGAGCUGCUCGGCCCAGGGAACCUCCAGCGGGCCGGGCUCUGCGCCGCUGAAGGCUGGGGAGGAGCUGGGGGGCCCCGCGUUCUAGCUGUUGAUACUUGUUUGCUGUUGGGUUUUUUGUUGUUGUUUUGUUUUGUUUUGUUUUUUAAACA